AUGGAUUUAGAUGUUUAAGAAGAAACCAUUAAAUUAUUAUAUGAAACUAUUUUUGAAGAAAUUUGUUAAUUCAGUAUAGAUUAAAAAGAAUAUGCUGAAUGGAUAGACAUUAAGAAACCCAUUCUAUUAAUAACAAAGAAGCUCCAAAAUAUCCCUUUCGAUCUUGAAAGAAUUUAACAUUUAGCUUAAUUAGAAGAAGAACAGAAAAGAGCAGCAGAAGAGGUUGUCUUGGCUGAGAAAUAUAAAAGGGAGCCAAAAAGGAAGCAAAGAAAAAUGAAGCUGAAUUAAAGGCUGAAAGAUAAGCAGAUCCUGAAAAACAAAGAUAAGCAGAGAAUUAAGAAAAUAGUAAAUUGAGGAUGAUAUUGAUUAGUAUGGGAAGAUGAAAUUUAAACUACAUCGAUAAUAUUAAAAGAAACAUUUAUCUUAUGUAUAAUUAAAGAUAUUUGGACCAAGAAUUCUAUUAAAAUGUUUAUUAGAUUAAUUACAAGCUAAAUCUACUUAUAUGAUUGACUCUUAAAUUCCACCUAGUUUUUGA